AUGGACCACGCCUUCGACAACCUCGAAGGUGUUCACCCAGAGUUCGACUCGGCGGAAUCCCUAAGGGGAUACCGGGUCAUAAAAUGCGCGGACCAGUUCUCCUUGGAUUUCCUCGCUGUUGCAAAGAUUAGUGACGCAUUCGAGGGCUUGAAGCUCAAGCUCAUACCAGCCAGGGACAUCCCUAGGAGGCCGCGUGCGCGCAUUUGGUUACCUCCGAUAGCCGAACCUGGCGAAAAGUUGCUGCGGUGUAUAAAGCUGCAUAACAAGCAUAUCCCAGCAUGGGAGCUCAUCAAGGUUGAAGAGCCGAGAAAACCCACUAAAAAGCCAAUACUCCUCGCGAUUUGCGACGAAUCCUUGGAGGCCCUAGCAAAGGCCGACAAUAAGAUUAGUUUUGGUAUAAGGAAACCCAAAGUAAAGGUAUUCCUUGGCGAGGUUAGCCCAGUAGACGAGGAUCCGGGCGUCGAGGGUGCAGCUGAGCUCCUCAUGUGCGUUAAACUGAACGAUGAACCGGAUCAGUAA